GAGACCCUAAGAAAGACUGCCCUUUCUGGACGUAGCCGACGGUGACAUAUAAAAGCUGUUAGCUGUUCCUGUAGCCAGCAGCAUUUAAACCUUGCAGACUUUUCCUCUCUCAGAGUUUGUAAUCAGGCACACUCCUCUUACAAGAGUUCAUACUACAACUUAGCAAAGACUUUACAUUUUUGGAAGAACAAAAUAUUCAUUUUGGCAUUGUGCAGAGCAAAGGGAGCUCGGUGCCUUCCUCCACCCUCAAAAAUGACAGCAACCUCUGCCGUCAGCGGCGCGCUCCUGCUCUCCCUUCUCUGUGAGGCCGGCGCUGUUGUCUUACUCAAUUCCACUGACUCAUCCUCGCCAACCAAUAAUUUCACUGAUAUUGAAGCCGCUCUGAAGGCUCAGCUCGGCGCUGCGGACAUCCCCAAAGCCAGGCGGAAGCGCUACAUUUCGCAAAAUGACAUGAUCGCCAUCCUCGACUACCACAACCAAGUCCGGGGCAAGGUGUUCCCGCCGGCCGCCAACAUGGAAUAUAUGGUUUGGGAUGAAAAUCUUGCCAAAUCUGCUGAGGCUUGGGCUGCCACCUGCAUUUGGGAACAUGGACCUUCUUACUUACUGAGAUUUUUGGGCCAAAACCUCUCUGUGCGAACUGGAAGAUAUCGCUCCAUUCUCCAGUUGGUCAAGCCUUGGUACGAUGAAGUGAAAGACUACGCCUUUCCGUAUCCCCAGGACUGCAACCCCAGAUGUCCUAUGAGAUGUUUUGGCCCCAUGUGUACACAUUAUACACAGAUGGUUUGGGCCACCUCCAAUCGGAUCGGAUGUGCAAUUCAUACUUGCCAAAACAUGAAUGUGUGGGGAACUGUGUGGCGCCGUGCAGUGUACCUGGUGUGCAACUAUGCCCCAAAGGGCAACUGGAUUGGAGAAGCACCAUAUAAAGUAGGGGUACCAUGUUCAGCUUGUCCUCCAAGUUACGGGGGAUCCUGUACUGACAACCUUUGUUUUCCGGGAGUAACGUCAAACUACCUAUAUUGGUUCAAAUAAGCUUACCGGCUCCUCCAGGAAGUUGAAUGCUUUCUGGGAAUCACAGGUCUAUAUAUAUAUUGAGUUUUGCACAUAUUAUACAUAUUUUAUAACAAUCUUGUUUUCCUUUUAUUAGUCCUUGUGUAUAAAUCAGUGUUUGUCUAAUAUGUUUGUUUAAUCUUUCGAGGUCAUCAGAACAUCCACUUCUAUUUUCUGAUCUCUAGCCCUAAAUUAAAAUAUUGUAUAGGUAGUAGUGAUAUUAUCGAUGCAUCCACUUCUAAAACGUGCUUUCUAAAAGAAUUAUGUUAUGUUCCUGCGGAAUAAAAAACCUAAGGUAUGUGUGUGCAUAUAUAGACAUACACAUGCAUAUGCAUUUAUAUGUCUAUAUAUACACAAACAUAAUAGAUAAUGUAACACAUUGAUGAUAAUAAUAAUAAUAUGAUUCAGUAGUAAACUGAAGGGAAACUUAAAAUAUUCUAUUCAAAAUAGAUGUGAGGUGGUGGGGCAUGUACAGCACCCACCUUUGUAAUACCCACAAAAUUACAGUUUGCAAAAUAACCCUCAGUGAUAUCUGGCUAUACUAAAUUAACUAAGCAAUCCAAGCUUUCAUUCUGGAGACAUUUUUUCUUACUUGGGUUUACGAAAGGUUAUGCUCCAAUUAUGUGAGGUUCAAAUCCUACCUUUUACUUAAUCGCUUCUGGUUAUGUUCUCAAAAUGCAAAGAUAAUGAGAUUUGGUUCCUGCCUUCAGAAGCUCACAAAAACAUUUCAGGAAAUAAGACAGCCCCAUGAUUUGUCUGUGCAGCUAUUAUUUUUUAAAGAGUUGAUGACCAUGUAGCUUUGCAGACAUGAACACAAU